CAAAAACAUUAAUUAAAGAAUCAUCAGAACCAAUGAUUGCAUAAAAAAAGAACCAUAACGGGAAGCAUAAAGACACAAAUUGAGGGAAUGAGAAAACUCUAGACAUUGGGAACUCCUGGUUCAUGGCAAUAGAGUUGAGCUCUUCUCUUCUGCAAAUGGAUUCCCACACAGUGCUUAGAGCAUGUGCAACCGUGGUAGUUGCUGGAGCUGUGGUGAUGAUGAUGGUGAUUGCAAAAGACAUAAGACAGCAAAGCUGGUUGGGUGAUUAUAGAGAGAAGAUGGAAAUAUUGAGGGAGAGAGAGGGUUCCAGUGACAGACUAAAAUAUACAAGUUCCAUGGGUGUUGACUUAUGCAGUGCAAAAUGGACUCUAAGGAGGGUCUUUUUUCUCUCUUGGUAUCCAGCUAUCAGCAGUUCUGAUGUAAGCUUCUAUGGACUCCAUAGUUUUCUCUUUCCUGCUAUACUUGCUUGCUGUCUAUUAAAUAGUAAAUGGGCAAAGACGGAAAAGCACUUAUUAAGAAGCAGGACCAGAAGCACUCAUUUAAACAGAAAUCAAUUUCGACUUGAGAGAUGGCGCCUCUAGGGUUAGAUCCUCCUUAUUCGAAAGUCUAGAAGCUUCGAAAUCAUUCUUUAUUAUGUAGAAGUAGCUAGAUAUAUAAAUUUGAUAAUUUUGAUAAUUUUCCAAUUUUUUUCUGAAUUAAGUUUUCCAUUAGGGUUUGUCCUCUCACUCUCUUCACUAGUCGGACUUUACACCUCGUCGCCAUCUCUCCGCCCCCCUCUCUCUCUCUCUCUCUCUCUCAUUUGGUCAAUUGCAUUUUGAACUUUGUCUAUCCUUCCUAACGUUAGGGCUUUAAUCUCAUUUGGUUUGCCGUAACUCUCACAGAUUUUCGAUCUUAGGGUUGUCAAUCUUGUCGGAGCUGAUUACUUUGUGACAGACCUAGAUUCAAAGGUUUUAAAGAUCUGACUUUGUUUUCGGAAAAAACUUUAAGCAUUCAAGCGACAUUAUGGAGAGUCGACGUUAUACUAUAGUAAAUAUUUUGUUCAAAGCCAUUCUCAAAGAAAUUCUUGAGAAGUUUAAUCUUAAGCUAGCAAUUCACUCAAUUGAGAACAUUGGACGUAAUCAUAAACCUACUUUCAUAGCUAGUGUUGACAAGAAAAAGAAGUUUUAUGGAAAGGAAAAUUCAACGAAACAAGGAGCCGAGAAAGAAGUAGCUAUGAUGGUGAUCAAGCAUCUUAACGAUCAAAGUGAAUUGGCAAAUGUCAAAGCAGACCAUGAAAGACUACGCGAAGAUUAUGACAAACUUUUGGCAGUGAAGAAGCAGCUAAAGAAUGCAAUUACUCAAAGUGAAAAAUCAACUGAUAUGCUUUCUGAAGACUUGAAUACUGAUUUGCCAACGACCAUUGCAUCUGUCAGUUCAUUCAUUUCUAACGGUAAAAUAUGUAUUGUCAACAACACCAAUUCAUACGACGCAACCAUGAACUGUGAUAUGUCAACGUUUUGUCAUCUUCUUCCAAAUAAUGAUAAUGUUCAUUAAUGGUGUAAGUUUGCAUCGGAGCACAAAAGCUCCCAUUUGCUUAGAAUAUUGGGGAAGGCUCAUGUAGGGGAUGAUCAAAUAAUACUAUUUUCUCAACUCGUGGACCAAAACUCUGAAGAUUUGACGCAACACAAUCUUCUCAUCAACCUCGACAAUCAUUUGACACCUUCUUUUAGGGCCCUUUUAUUGUGAGUGCAUCUCUUUUUGUUUAUCUCUAUUAUUGCUUUUGCAAUAUGUUUAUUAAUUUCCUCUUUGUUUUCGAUAUUGUAGGGAUACUUUGAAGGGGAUAAAUUACUUUCAUGGUGUACUAAAGCAUGCACAUGGAAAAAUAUGCGGAGAAAACAUUUAUGUCAUUGAUGGGAGGGCAAAAUUUGCUAAUGUGGUGGAUAUUAAUUUUAAAAAAUCUUAUGUUGAUGAUAUCAAUAGCUUUUGCAAACUGGUAGAAUCACCA